GGAGCAGGAGAAUUGUCAAUUCCAGCAGGAUCAUCAGCUACUAGCUGUACUAGCGACAGGAUCUUAAGCUCCUCAAGCGACUUCAAUCCCAGGAGGAAGCAAUGAUAUUGGGCCAUACUGUACAGCCAUGGAUCUUCACCGGGACCUCUUCACGGGACAGGAGGAUUUGCCCACUGUGGAGAAAUUGCAAAAGAGAACAGAAUGUCAAAUAUGGGAAUUGCUAGAAUAUUGAUCAAGUUAGGUGGUGUUUCUGCUAACGACCAUUAAGUUUGUAAUUAUGUUAAAGAGGUUGUAGCAAAGCACAAACAUAUUUUAAAAAAUGCUAAAGGUAUUGUACAGGAACAGAAAUUGUCCAGUCUACUAGAUGGGGAAUUCGUAGUCUUGAGAAGCAAGCAACUGAAGAAGCCAGACACUCCUAGGAAGAAGAAAAUGAGAGCGCAAAUCGCUGAAAUCAAGACGGAGAACAAAGGAGUCAAACGGAAAUUGGCAGGAAUGGAAGGAACGAUAGAAGACCAAAGGCAUCGUCUGGAGUUUCUAGAGGAGGAGCUUGCCAUGCGUAAAGCAAGACAGAUAGAAAUUGCUGAUUUCGGCACCCUAAAGGAUAGUUUUGUAUCCCUGUGCAACAAGAUGAAGAAAAUCACGGCAGAGUUUGAUCCAACUUGUCAGGAACUGAACGCCUACAAGAAAAAGUAUGAAGAAAAAGAAAAAGAACUGCUUGAAUUGGAGAAAAAACUUGUAGCAUGUCAAGGAAAACUUCAGAAAGUAAACGCCAGGAAUGUUAACAAGAGGAUCAAAAGGAGAGAUGAAAGCAUAACAAAGCUGAAGGAUGAAAAUGCAGAAUUAUCUACUCUCAUCCAAGAGUUGAGAGAAGAUCUUGAACAGAGCAGAAAACCAACUCAGCUCAUCAAAAGAUAGAGUGCAAUCCAUGCAAGCGCAUUCUAAACAUAUCAACCAAUCUCAGAGAAAAGUCUAUGACCAAGACAGGUAUCUCCGGCGACGGCAUACAUCUGGUGCAGACGUGCAGGAUCUGAUGGACCUGAAGGAGAAAGUGUCGUUCCUAGAGAAGAGGAAUAAGGAAUUGGAGGAAGUGAUAGGUUUAACCCUAUUUAGCCCGGGGGG